AUGGUCACCAACCCGACACUGUGUCCUGGACAUAUCUGGCCUUUUUUUACGUACGGCUACUCGGCCGUCGCUGAACUAGAAGAUCACGGUUCCGUUAGAGUGCUUUGCUCGCAAUGUAUAGGUCAACUACUGGAGGAACAAGGUAAUGAUAUUGCUUGUGUCGUCUACGAUGAGUACAUGUACUUCUCUCAAGCUGCAGUUAUGGAGUUUCAACUUCCCAGUGUCCUCUUCAGCACGACAAGUGCUACUGCGUUUGUCUGUCGCUCUGUUUUGGCUAGCGUCAACGCAGAGUCGUUCUUGAUCGACAUGAAAGAUCCUGAAGUGUCAGACAAGGUAUUUCCAGGGUUGGAUCCUUUAAGGUACAAGGACCUACCAACUUCAGCAUUUGGACCAUUAGAGAGUGUACUCAAGGUUUACAAUGAGACUGUCAACAUUCGGACAGCUUCCGCUGUUAUCAUCAACUCGACAAGCUGUCUAGAGAGAUCAUCUUUGGAAUGGUUACAACGAGAGCUACAAGUUCCAGUGUAUCCUGUAGGACCACUUCACAUUGCAGCUUCAGCGCCUUCUAGUUUGCUAGAAGAGGACAGGAGUUGCAUUGAGUGGUUGAACAAGAAGAAACUAGGCUCAGUGAUUUACAUAAGCUUGGGAAGCUUGGCUCUAAUGGAAACCAAAGACGUUUUGGAGAUGGCUUGGGGUUUAAGUAAUAGCAACCAACCUUUCUUAUGGGUGAUCCGACCGGGUUCUAUUCCUGCCUCGGAAUGGAUAGAGUCAUUACCAGAGGAAUUCAGUAGGUUGGUUUCAGAAAGGGGUUACAUUGUGAAAUGGGCACCACAGAUGGAAGUUCUCAGACAUCCUGCAGUAGGAGGGUUUUGGAGUCACUGUGGAUGGAACUCGACGCUAGAGAGCAUCGGGGAAGGAGUUCCAAUGAUCUGUAGGCCUUAUACAGGCGAUCAGAAAGUCAAUGCGAGGUACUUAGAGAGAGUUUGGAGAAUUGGGGUUCAAUUAGAGGGUGAGCUGGAUAAAGGAGCUGUGGAGAGAGCUGUAGAGAGGUUGAUUGUGGAUGAAGAAGGAGCAGAAAUGAGGAAGAGAGCCAUUGACUUGAAAGAGAAGCUUGAAGCCUCUGUUAGAAGUGGAGGUUCCUCGUGGAGCUCAUCAUUAGAAGACUUUGUCAAUUCCUUGAAAGAAUUCCAUGUAGUCUCUGUUCGAAGUCAAGAUUAAAGCAGAAGAGAUUUGUUUAGUAUUAUGAAAUAAAAACUACACCAAAAAAAGUUGUAUUUUAUUUUAACUUUUUAAGUGUAGUUUUUUUUUUUCUGCAGUUCUAUAAAGACACUCUUCUAUAAA